CAGGAAAUAUGAAUUAGAUAAAAGGACACAAAUCUAAUCAUGUCUUUAAAAUUAAGAGACCGUUGUUAGUCUUGGACUGAAAUAACUAAUAAGGGAUCAUUAUUUUACGCGAAUAGAUACGUGGACACUGAAUUGAGUUAUCUAAAUUUUAUGUGUCGUACCAAUUUUCAAUCGAAUCAAGUGGUUUUUGUAAAUAAUAUCUUUUUUAUAAAGCGAUAAAAUAUAUAUGUGACUGGAAACAAACACUGCGAAAAAUCUUCAAUAUCAUGGAAAAAAUGACGGAAUGUAAUGAAACUAAAUGCAAUAUGAAGAAAGGACCUAUCUCCUGUGAACCGUGCCAGCAUGACGAUUGUUUUGAAGAGGCAAAGGGAUUUUGUGUGACAUGUGCCGAGUAUUUGUGUCAAACCUGUUGUCGCGAUCACAAAAGAAACAAAAUAACAAGAAAACACUCGCUGUUAAAGAAUGAUGAUAUUCCCGCGGACAUAACGCCGUUUACGGCCAUUAAGGAACUUUCGACCUGCGAUAUUCAUCCUGAUAACGACAUCGCCUACGAAUGUGGAACACAUAAAGUCUUGGUUUGCGUUUUUUGUCUCACGGAGAGCCAUCGGAAAUGCGAAAAUGUAAGUGAUUUAGGGAUUGUUGUUUCUGUCGAUUCGGAUAUUAACAUUAUGAAAGAACUUCAGACCAGAUUUUAUGUGUUAAAAGCACAAAAGGCAGAUCAAUGGAUGUCAAUCAAAAGGGAGCAAGUAGAAGUUCAAAACAACAUUAAAGACCUUGUAGCCAAAUGGAAAGACCAUAUAACCAGCUUUGGAAGUGACCUUGAAACAAAAUUAAGCGAAAUGUCGAACUCCGAGACAAUGCACUUGAUAGAAUCUAUUUUUGGCUGUCAAGAAAUCGAGACGGAAAUAACAAGAAACAAUGCGUUGAUAGAAACACUAAUGAAACACGGAACAAAGCGACAAAAAGCUGUUGUUUUGCGACGAACAAACCAUGCACGCGUUGAUCUUAAAGAGAAACUUCAAACACUCGAAUGUCAGCGUCAGCAAAGUAUCGCGCUCAUUAACGUGAAACAGUUUGAUGUUCUAACAAUGAUCGCAGAGUUAUCGUUAGAAGAGAAGAGCAAAUAUAUGGAAAUUGGCACAUUGGAACAGACCAGCGAUGAAGUGCAUGACGAUUUGGAUUCGGAAAAUAUACCAAGGGAGAAAAUUGAUGAAUGCACACAAACGAGUUUUGCUGUCUCGAACUCUGAUGCAACACUAAGAUCCUCUAAGCCGUUUUCAGAAAGAGAAAGCGGACAAAAAAUAACUUUGUUUAAAGUUAAAACAGAAACAGACACAAACACUUGUGGUAUUUUUGCCGUUUACUUAACAGAAUACGAGGUUCUUGUUGCUGAUCAUCGUAACCGAAAACUUAAGCUUUUCAGUCGAAAAUUUGACUUACUUUGUGAACACACGCUACCCGGACAGCCGGUAGACAUGUGUUUUGAUGGAACCUUUGCCUAUGUCUGCUAUUCAGACCUGAAGAAAGUGACGAAACACUUCAUAACCAAAGUUGCGAUUUGUCUUUUGACAGAAUUUCCAACCAAGCUCCAACCGAUAAGUCUAACUGUUUUUGACUCCCGGCUGAUAAUUUUGUUUGCAACUAAAGAGGACUUUGACAGUACGUCAGCUGACGAUGUUCGAAUUGAAAUCCGAAAUGGAAGUUCAAUAGAUGCCACCAUCUCGUACGAUUCCGACGAUGAUAGUUUUAACUAUGUAGAAGAUGCAAAGCAAGUAUUUGCAUUCGAUGAGUCGUCUGUUGUUUUCUCGGAAAACUUGCGGGUGUCCUGCUAUACCGUCGGUAAGCAGACUAGAAAACUAAUUCAUCGGCAAUGGUAUUACCAAUCACAUGCCAAUCACAUUCUUAGAAAAGCGAAAGGGGUUGCGAAAGACAGUGAAGGGAAUAUCUAUAUUUGCGGUGAAGAUUCCAACAACAUCCACCAGGUGUCGUCUAAAAACUACAUGUGUAACCGUGUGAUUAUCCCGCGCUGUGAUCGUCCUGUUUGCAUCGCCGUAGACGAACAUAAAGAUAGACUCAUAAUCGGAUGUCGGAUUGGAGACUAUUUGCAAGCGUACUCAUUUAAAUAGAUUCGUUUUUUACGCACAAUUUUAUCAUACGUUUUUCUGAAUAUGAUAUACUAUUUAGCGUUUCAGGUUUUUUUUUAGUUGAUAAUUUGCCUUUUGUUUGUGUAUCCAGGAUUAAUGUUGUUAUUUCAUAGCUUGUAGUUUGAUUAUUCAUGUGUACAUAUGGUAAAAAAUUAUAUAACAAAUUAAAAGCUGCAUUAUGAUUUCAAACUCGC